AAAUACAAAGAUUGUGAACUAUUUUGUAUAAAGCAUUUAAAAUGACUACAAAAUUAAUAUUCUUAGAAUCUAUAGACAUACUGGGCACAAUACCAAAUUAUCAUACACUUUUGUUUGUAUUUAGUAUUGCUAGUUUAAUUUGGUUUUUCAUUAAAAAACAAAGUCAGUCUGUAAAUAAUCAGGCUACUACUGAUGAAUGCGAUCGUAAAUUAGAAGAAUGGAGACCAGAGCCAUUAAUAUCGGAGAUUAAGAAAGAUCAUCCUUCGUUGACUCCCAAAACAAUAACAUCCAGAGUCGGUAAAAGAAUAAUUGUCAAUGAAUAUGAUUGUUUAAACCUUGGAACACAUAAUUAUUUGAAUUUAACCGAAAGUGCCGAGAUAGAACAAGAAGCUAUUAGAAGUAUACAGAAAUAUGGUGUUGGAUCUUGCGGACCACGAGGAUUUUAUGGAACAGUAGAUGUACAUUUGCGCUUGGAAGAACGUUUGGCACAAUUUAUGAAAAUGGAAGAAGCGGUCGUUUAUUCUUACGGUUUCACUACAAUCGCAUCAGCAAUUGCGGCGUAUUGUAAGCGUAAAGAUUUAGUAUUUGUAGAUGAAAAGGUUAAUUUUGCUAUACAAAAAGGACUCGACGCAUCAAGAUCAAAUAUUAAAUUUUUUAAGCACAAUGACAUAGAUCAUCUCGAACAAUUAUUAAAAGCCCAAAGUGGCCUACAUAAAACAAAUUCACAAGGUGUAGAGACAACUAGAAAGUUUUUAAUCGUUGAGGGUAUUUAUAUGAAUACAGGAACUAUAUGUCCUUUACCCGAAUUAGUAAUCUUAUGUAGAAAAUACAAAUUACGAAUUUUUGUGGAUGAAUCUAUUUCGUUUGGUACUCUAGGAGCUACUGGACGAGGAAUUACAGAGCAUUUCAAUGUUCCAAGACAUGAAAUCGACAUGAUAAUGGGUUCAUUAGAGCAUGCAAUUGGUUCAGUGGGUGGAUUUUGCGUAGGUUCUUCAUUUAUUGUUGAACAUCAAAGAUUAUCAGGGCUAGGCUAUUGUUUUUCUGCAUCCUUACCACCUCUUUUAGCUACUGCAGCCAUCAUUUCGUUAGAAAUUAUGGAUAAUAAACCACAAAUUUUUCAGAUACUGAAAGAAAAUUGUCAUAAAUUUCACAGAGGUAUUAAAGAAAUGGAUAUUUUUGAAUGUCCAAGUUUUGCAGAAUCACCUGUGCAACAUUUAUACUUGAAAAAACAACUUGAUAAUGAGAAAGAGAAGGAAUUACUAGAAGCAAUAUCUGAUAAAUGUAUUGAAAAUAAUUUGGCAGUUAUAGUCCCAGUAUAUCUAAAUGUUGAGAGAGAACAACCUCGAUUUAGUAUAAGAAUAUGCAUUUCUUCUAGCUUGAAUCAAAAUGAUAUAAAUUUCGCCUUAAAUAUAUUAAAUAAAUGUGCUAAUGAAGUUUUAUGAAUAUAAUUAUUGUAAUUUAAAAUCAUCAAUUGAAGGUUUAUAAAUGCAUACAAUAGGGUACACAUGCAC